GUUCUGAUGGGAAAUUACUCAUUUGGACUGAAUAGUGAAGAUGAUUCAUUUAAAUUUGUGGGGUACUGCCCUCAAAUAAAUCCUCUUUGGCCAGAUAUUACAUUGGAGGAACAUUUUGAAAUCUAUGGUUCUAUCAAAGGAAUGAGUCAGACUGACGUAAAAGAAGUCUUAAAACGUGUCGCAAAUGCCCUGGAUUUAAAAGACCACCUGCAGAAAACAACAAAGAAACUAGGAGUAGGAUUGAAGCGUAAGCUGUGUUUUGCAUUGAGUAUGCUGGGCAACCCUCAGAUUACCCUGUUAGAUGAACCAUCUACUGGAAUGGAUCCAAAAGCCAAACAGCACAUGUG